AUGCAGGACCCUUGGACGGCUCGCAAGGCCGAGGAGAUCCAAGGGUACGCAGAUCACAACGAAUGCAAUAAUUUCCUCUCCGCUUUCAAAGCUGCCUACAGUCCGCCAUCCAAGGCAAUUGCUCUGCUUCUCAGCGCCGACAGAAGUACCCUACUCGCCGGAAGGAACCGAAUUCUUCAGCGAUGGGCCGAACAUUUCCGAGGCGUCCUCAACCGCCCCUCCACCAUCUCCGACGUCGCCAUCGUCCGCUUGCCGCAAGUGGAGACUAACGUGGACCUCGACCUACCGUCAUCUCUUCACAAAGUAAUCAUGGCCGCGCAGCAGCUCUCCAGCGGGAAAGCACUCGGAUCGGACGCAAUCCCUGCUGAGGUUUACAAGCACGGCGGCUCCUAA